GGGCAGGACAAUAGCAAGUGCCCAUUUCGGGCAAGCCUGUGAGCGAGCUGUAGACGCUCAUGCACGACUCUAUCACGUACCACGACAGUGACCUCUCCCUACGCGCCGCGCUCCGGGCAUGAUCAAUGGACAACCUCUACGCCAUCGGCGUCGGCCUCGUUCUGCGCGCAACAAUUGACAAGAUAACGCAUCAUAACCACAGGGUCAAUGGCUCGCUCGUCGGUCUCUGGGAGGGUGCCGUUCUCCACCACUUCCUCUCCAAAACCCCAUACUCUCUCGACCCUUACAUCGCUUUCGGCUUCCGCCUCAUUGUCGACCUGCUUCUCACCACCAAUGUCACAAGGCUCGUACUCGUCAUCAUAUGGACGGGCAUGGGGAUGCUGCUAUCAGACGUAGGAUGGGAUGUCGCGGAGGAUAAACGCUUUCGACGGCUGUACCGACGGGUCCGUCGCGCACUGCCCUCUUCUCUCAAGCCAUCUUCACAGGCACGCUCCUCCUCUCGCGUUCAGUUCUCCCAUCUACCUGCAGGGUCGUCCUCUACGACGGUCUCCUCUGGGACGGGUCGCAGCCCGCCAUCUAUCCUCAUUUCCCGCUCGCAACCACUAUCUCAGACGCGUACUCGACCUCCGCCAACACCCGCCAGGCGACCUACCACUACGCCUCUGCCUGGUUCCUUCUCAGAAUUUUCCGAAGCAUCAAGCUUGGUCAGUCCCUCACCACGCUCGGAGGUCUCGAGCGUCGUCAGUCCUGCUCGUGGCUCAGAAGCCUCAAGUGUCCCGAGUCGCGCCAGUGGGUCACAAGUGCCGCCUCGGAUGCUCCCACCGCGUGUACGUACGCCGUCAGAACUCGAGUAUGUCUCGCUACCAGUCAUUCCCGAUACCCCUGGCAUCGAGUACACCAGCUUCACCCGCCGCGCGUCCUCGGUAGCCUCUGGCGGCCUCACAACAUCCAGCGAGGGUAGCGGCAGACAUGCCGGUGCUGCCUUUUCGCCGCCUCCACGCAACUAUUCCGGGCUGACCACGCCUGUCGAGAGACCAAGCACUCCGCGAGGCGAGCAGCUGCCCCCUGUAACGAUCAUUGAAGUGGGAGACAGCGCUGGACAACGCACACCAACGAUGACACCCAUCGAAUUCGCCGACCAGCCACCAAUCCCGAUCCCCAUGCGACAUUCGCUGGUGACACCGGAGCUCGCGGACGCUGUGCCGAGUCCAGCGGUUAUGCCUCCUGUUGACUCGAUGCCCAUGAUCCCCAGUACACCUGAAGUUGACUACGAUGCCGCCAGGACAGAAAGGGCAGCGUCGUCGCGUGGCCCUCCGCCGGAGUACGAGCAAGUGGUCGCGGACGAUGCAUCGGUCGGGCCGUCGGAAGCACCCAGCGUCGUGACUGAGAAGUCGCGUGGUGCUCUGAUCAACAAGGCGGACAAGCUGCGUGAGGAGGCUCAGGCCUUGGAAGCCAACCGGGAUCGAUUGCGGAGGGAGUACUUUGCUGCACAGCAAGGGACGGACUACUGGAAGGCCUUUCGACUGAAGAUCGAGCGCGACCGAGUGGAGCAGGAGGCAAAGCAGCUACAUGCGAAGGCUGAAAGGCGUUAUUUCAAAGCCCAUAACUUCACCCCUGAGCCCCAGACUAUCGAUGUUCACCGCCUCAAGGUCCCCGAGGCGGUAGCACGGGUCGAACAGGCAUUGUACGACGCAAUGGUCACCGGCGUACCGGAACUACGUAUUAUCACUGGUCGCGGGAACCAUUCGAAGGGGAAGAUACCCGUCUUGAAGCUUGCUAUCAUCGGUGCAAUGCAGGAUCAUCACAUUGAAGUUAAGCCUGACGAAACGAACCCUGGCCUUGUGUUGAUUCACCCUCCAACCAACCCUUCCAAACCGGGGCCAUCCACUUCCUAGCUUAUCUGAACGAUACAUUCACGAUGUCUCACGACGACGACGGUACCCGGGACUGUAACACGCCCCUUCAUCUGUAUUCAUUUCUACGAUGUAUGUCUACUGCCCAUCUAUCUUGGCUCUUAGCUACCCUGCUCGUCUCGCUGCUAUAACCUGUCGCUGUGUUGGAUAUGGGUAUUUAACCAUAAUAUCCAGGACAUUAUCGUACCUAUUUCUGGCUAGCGGACCGUAUCGAACCCGCCGGUGGACAGCGACUUGGGCAGAGAUGCACCGCAGUCG